CCAAAAUAUAUAUAUUAUUAAAGAAAAAGGCGGAAAGUGUGAGGGAAAGAUUGCAUCGCUUCAUAAACACAUAGGCACGCGAUCCGCUGUAGAAUCAUCCCUCAAGUUCCGACCUUUUUUUUCCUUUAUUUCUUUUUUUUUAAAUAUAAGAAACAAAAGAUUUAAAUUAGAACAAGUGAAAAAGAUAUGAAGGAGGUUGAAAUCGAGAGCCCUGUUGUUUUUCCUUUAUCGAUUUUACUAUUAUUAUUGUUGUUCAUUCUCAUAUACUAUUAUUCUUCUUUUAUUUUCUUUUUACGUUUUUCCCACAAUAAUUCGUGGGUUAAUUAAUCUAAAGGGGGAGAGAUAAGGGUUCUAUAUGUUUUGUGGAAAGCCCUAAUUUUCGUUUGUGUUGUGUUGUUGUUGUUCUUACCCUCUCUGAUUGUUCUUGCGGCCGUGUUUCUGGUUCUCUCUCUCUCUUUGUGUGUUCAAUCUUUUUCAUGGAGAUGGGUUCUGAUGAAGAAGAUCAGAUCAAGAACGUUGUUGAUGGUCACAAGAAUAAGAAGAAGAAGAUUGAUACUUUCAAUAACAAAGACUCUCUUACCUCCAAGUCCAAGCGUCAGAUGAAAACUCCCUUUCAACUCCAAACGCUGGAGAAAGUUUAUGCAGAGGAAACGUAUCCGUCGGAGGCGACGAGGGCUGAGCUGUCUGAGAAAUUGGAUUUGUCAGAUAGACAGUUACAGAUGUGGUUUUGCCACAGGAGGUUAAAGGACAAGAAAGAUGGCCAGGCCAAGAAACCGGUUCAACCGGCUGCUCCUGCUGCUACUCCUGCUUUGUCGUCGGUUAACGAGUUACCGGCUGCUGAUGAUAGAUCUGGUUCUGGUUCUGGCUCAGGCUCAGGCUGCAGCCCUUAUUCGGAGUCAAGGAUGAACUUUGCGAGUGGUAGUGGUAGCUCUGGAGCUGACUUGGGUGAAUAUGAGAAAGGUGGGUACGAGCCACCACGGUUGUCUGUGAUGGUUCGUAGAGCUGUUGUUUGCGUUGAGGCUCAGUUAGGGGAGCCAUUGAGAGAGGACGGACCGGUUCUUGGCAUGGAGUUUGAUCAGUUGCCUCCUGGUGCAUUUGGAACACCUAUAGCAAUGGAGAAGCACCAAGGUCAUCCAUAUGAGAGCAAAAUGUAUGAGCCACAUGAUGUCCGACCUCGAAGAUCUGCUGCCCGUUCACUGGAUGAUCCGUCUUCCUACACACCUGAGAUUAAUGGGCGGUACUCUGAAAGUCAUGCACGUGGCAUGGACUAUGAAACUUCACGGUCCAAGAAUUCAUCAUAUAUGCAUGGGAAUGGGCCCUAUGGUACCCAUGGAAAUGCAUCUUUGAAUUGUUCUACAUCUCAACAAGACAUGCCUAGCCCCAUUGCCCCAUCAGCUCAUGGUGAUAGCUCCCUGCUGGAGAGAAAGGUAAACGAUGGUAGAGUCGGAAGAGGAAGUGGACAAAAAGAUCCAGAGAAACUAGAAAUUCAGAAGAAAAAGUAUGAAGAACGCAUGAGAAAGGAGAUGGAAAGGCAUGAGCGUGAGAGGCGCAAAGAAGAAGAGAGAUUGAUGCGUGAAAGAAUAAAAGAAGAGGAGAAGUUACAGCGUGAACACCGACGUGAAAUGGAAAGAAGAGAAAAGUUUCUGCAGAGAGAAAACGAACGUGCGGAGAAACAGAAGCAAAAAGAUGAGAUACGCCGGGAGAAAGAUGCUAUAAGACGGAAGAUUGCCAUUGAGAAGGCAACUGCGCGUAGAAUCGCUAGAGAGUCUAUGGAUCUAAUCGAAGAUGAGCAGCUAGAGCUGAUGGACUUGGCUGCUGCUAGCAAAGGAUUGCCCUCGGUGUUACAGCUUGAUCAUGAUACGUUGCAAAACCUUGAACUGUAUAGAGAUUCUUUGAGCUCGUUUCCACCGAAGGCUUUGCAACUGAAGAUGCCGUUUACAAUUUCUCCAUGGAAGGAUUCCGAGGAAAAUGUUGCGAACCUUCUAAUGGUUUGGAGAUUCUUAAUAUCAUUUUCAGAUGUUCUAGACCUAUGGCCUUUUACCUUGGACGAGUUUAUUCAGGCUUUUCAUGACUAUGACUCAAGAUUGUUGGGGGAGAUACAUAUUACUCUUCUGAGAUCAAUAAUACGAGAUAUUGAAGACGUUGCUCGAACACGUUAUAGUGGAAUUGGAAAUAACCAAUAUACUACAGCCAAUCCUGAGGGUGGUCACCCCCAGAUUGUUGAAGGGGCUUAUGCAUGGGGCUUUGACAUUCGUAGUUGGAAAAAUCAUUUGAACCCACUAACAUGGCCUGAGAUACUUCGCCAAUUGGCACUCUCCAGUGGAUUUGGGCCUAAGCUGAAGAAGAAAAAUUCACAUGUGACACAAACUGCUCACAAGGUUGAGGCUAAAGGCUAUGAAGAUAUCGUUUCUACCAUUCGCAAUGGUUCAGCAGCUGAAAGUGCUUUUGCAUCAAUGCUGGAGAAAGGGUUGCUGGCUCCGCGCAAGUCGAGGCAUCGGUUGACACCUGGAACUGUCAAAUUUGCAGCCUUGCAUGUUCUCUCUCUUGAGGGAAGCAAGGGACUAACACUAAUAGAACUUGCCGACAAGAUUCAGAAAUCUGGACUUCGGGACCUGUCAACAAGCAAGACGCCAGAGGCUUCCAUCUCUGUUGCAUUGACCAGAGAUGCAAAGCUCUUCGAAAGAAUAGCCCCUUGUACGUAUUGUGUACGAGCUCCUUACGUGAAGGAUCCUGCGGACGGAGAGGCGAUACUCGCAGACGCUAGGAAGAAGAUAAGGGCAUUCGAAAACGGAUUGACAGGUCCAGAAGAUGUGAAUGAUCUUGAAAGAGAUGAAGACUUUGAAUGUGAUGUUGAUGAGGAUCCUGAGGUUGAUGAUUUAGCCACUCCUGCAAGGGCCUCAAAUGGUACCGAUCUCGGUGUAGCAACCGAUCUCGGUGUAGCAAAUGCUAUGUUCUGUGAUGUUAAGAGCAUUGUUCCACAACACCAUAGUAAAGAUUCAGCGGUUAGCUGCGUGGAUGAUAAUAAUGAUGUGGCUGAAGAUAGCAACCAGGGCCAAUCAUGGAUUCAAGGUCUUACAGAAGGGGAUUACUGUCAUCUAAGUGUUGAAGAGCGCCUUGAGGCCCUUGUUGCUUUAGUCGGCAUUGUCAAUGAAGGAAACUCCCUCAGAGCUAGUCUUGAGGAUCGUAUGGAGGCAGCAAAUUCUCUUAAAAAGCAAAUGUGGGCAGAAGCACAGUUAGAUAACAGCUGCAUGAGAGAUGUACUUAAGCUUGACAGAGACCCUUGUCAACUUAUGAACGAAUCGAAGCCUAUGGAAGCUGAGGGAGGCUUUAUUAACCAGGAGGCCGCUCAAGAGAAUUGUUCUUCAAAGAGAUCACGGUCACAGUUAAAAUCAUAUAUAGGCGACAAAGCAGAAGAGGUGUAUCCCUACCGGUCUUUGCCGCUUGGACAAGACCGGCGCCGCAACCGUUACUGGCAUUUCGCUGCGUCAGCAUCUAAGACUGAUCCUUGCUCGGGGCUUAUAUUUGUUGAGCUACACGAUGGCAAGUGGCGCCUCAUUGAUUCAGAAGAGGCUUUUGACUUUUUGGUUGCGUCACUGGAUAUGCGUGGGAUUAGAGAAUCCCAUUUACGCAUAAUGUUGCUGAAGAUUGAGGGAUCAUUCAAAGAGAAUGCUUGUAAGAAUACUCGUGCAGAUUCUGUGAGCCCAUCCAGUGCUAUAUCAGGAUCUAAUUCUGAUUCAAUUGAAGCUUCAACUUCUAUCAGAGUUGAGCUUGGGAGAAAUGACAGGGAGAAGGAGUGUUUAUCGAAACGGUUCCAUGGUUUCCAGAGAUGGAUGUGGACCGAGACGUACAGCUCGCUACCUUCUUGUGCUAGGAGACACGGGAAGAAGAGAUGUGAGCUGUUGGCGACAUGCGAAGUGUGUGUUGCAUCUUAUCUAUCUGAGUAUACACACUGCACUUCUUGUCACCGGAGAUUGAACAUGUUUGAUAGUUCAGAGAGAAAGAUAUUAGAUUCAGCUUUGACUGCAUCUCCUCUUCCGUUUGGAGUCAGGUUGCUCAAAGCACUACUUGUUUUUCUUGAGGCAUGUGUACCAGAUGAAGCUCUUGAAUCAUUUUGGACAGAGGACAAAAGAAAAGAUUGGGGGUUUAGGUUGAAUGAUUCAUCAUCACCUGAAGAGCUUUUGCAGGUCUUGAUUUCUUUGGAGAGUGCAAUCAAGAAAGAGUCUUUAUCAUCCAAUUUUGUGACGGCAAAGGAGCUCUUGGGAGCUGCUGAUGGUUCAGGAUCAGUGGACGUUUUUCCAUGGAUACCAAAGACAGUGUCAGCGGUUGCUUUGAGACUUUUAGACCUUGAUGCAUCCAUUCUUUACGUGAAGCCAGAAAAACCUGAGCUGAUAUCAGAAGAUGACAAGGAGCAGAUUAGCCUUUUCCCUGGAAAGUCCCUUACCAAAGGCAAAGGAGCCAAAGAGCAAGAAGACCAAGACGAGGUUGUUGUUUCAAACUCAGGUAAAAAAAGUAAGAAACGACGAGUGAGAUUUGGUUCUGUAACAAACAGAAAGGCCAAGAGGACGAAAGUGCAAGGGGGUCCAAACAGAUUUGUCGCCGGUAGGAGCAACGUUGUAAUGGAUAGGAACUUAGUGGGCGUUGAGUUGAACCAUCAUCAAGUCCCUGGAAGAGGAAAGAGGACGGUUAGAAAAAGACCUGAGAGGAACGAUGAGGACAGUUACCGCUUAGUCAGAAGAAUGGCUGACAUUGUUAGGCCUAAUAGCGAAGAAGUUGAAGAGGAAGAGGAAGAGGAAGAAGAAGAGCAAACAUUCAGAGACAUUAAUGAAGAUUGGGCUAGUGAAACACCCGAUAGAGUGAUGAUGCCUAUGCAAGUGGAUGAUGAAAGUGACAACAGUGUAGGAGUUGAAUCAGAGGAUGAUGAUGAUGAGGGUCAGUUUGUGGUUUAUGAUCAGAGGAACAAGUGGGGACUAGAUUGGAAUAGUAACCUAAAUGAAGCAAUGGAGGAUGAUAAAGAAGAAGUUGUUGGGGCUGCGCAGGUCGAGAGAGAAGAUGUUGCAGAAAUGAGUGAGGGCUCUGAAGAUGAUGAUGUACCUGCUAAUAAUGCAGCAGCAAAUAAUUACGAAAGUGGAUCAGAGGAUUACAGCAGCAGUGAUUCAUGAAUUCAAGAAGAUUACAUUCUUGAAGACAUGUUUUAUAUCUAUAUGGAGAAAAGAAAGUGAUAGUAUCAGCAUAGGUUCUCUCACCUAAGAGAAGAUUAAUUAUAAGUAUUUCUGAUUAGUUUGGUGAAGUCAAGCGAAGGCAUAUGUUUAGCAAGUGCCAUUGUUAUCAUAAAAAUUACAACCUCAUUGUUUUGUUAAAUGAUUCUCGUGUCAAUUUCCAAGGCUUGAGGAUCUCUCUUUCGUCUA